UUCCCCUCAAUUUAAACCUAAUAUCUCACAAUUCCGGGUUUCCACUAAACCUUACCCUUUCCCUUCACUGUUUUCUCUUCACUCACCUUCUCUGCGUUUCCAGUCUUCACUCCCCCCCGUCUCGAAGCUCACCUACUCUCUUAUCCAUUUCCUCAUCUUCUGGAAUCACAUAGUUCGUGAACAAAUGGCAUCCACGUUCACUAGUAUGUCUGCAAUGGCUGCUCCUGGUGCAGCCCGUAUCAUGGAUAAGAAACCUUUGACCUCUGCAGACAAGCUAUCCUCGUUGGCGUCCAUGUCUUCUUCUAGCACUCUAGGUAGACGAUCCAAUGUUGUUAUGCGGAAUUCACGGUCAGUAAAGGUCAACGCCAUGGCCAAAGAGUUGUAUUUUAACAAAGAUGGGUCUGCUAUCAAGAGGUUGCAAAAUGGGGUGAACAAGCUUGCUGAUUUAGUGGGGGUUACAUUGGGUCCAAAGGGCCGGAACGUUGUUCUAGAGAGCAAAUACGGUUCCCCAAAGAUUGUCAAUGACGGUGUCACUGUUGCGAAGGAGGUUGAGUUGGAGGACCCAGUUGAAAAUAUUGGGGCAAAAUUAGUGAGACAGGCAGCUGCUAAGACUAAUGAUUUGGCUGGAGAUGGAACAACUACUUCUGUUGUUCUUGCACAAGGUCUAAUCGCAGAAGGAGUUAAGGUGGUUGCAGCGGGAGCAAACCCCGUUCUGAUCACCCGGGGUAUUGAGAAGACUACUAAAGCAUUAGUAGCUGAGCUCAAGUUGAUGUCAAAAGAGGUAGAAGACAGUGAACUAGCUGAUGUAGCAGCUGUCAGCGCUGGCAACAACCCUGAAGUGGGGAGUAUGAUUGCUGAAGCAAUGAGCAAAGUAGGAAGAAAAGGUGUUGUGACCCUUGAAGAAGGAAAAAGUGCUGAGAACAGUCUCUAUGUUGUUGAAGGGAUGCAGUUUGAUCGUGGUUAUAUUUCACCUUAUUUUGUUACUGAUGCUGAGAAAAUGACUGUGGAGUACGAGAACUGCAAGUUGCUUCUUGUUGACAAGAAGAUCACAAAUGCAAGGGAUUUAGUUAACAUCUUGGAAGAUGCAAUCAGGGGAAGUUACCCUGUGUUGAUCAUUGCAGAAGAUAUUGAACAGGAAGCCCUGGCUACCCUUGUGGUGAACCGGUUGAGAGGUUCACUGAAAAUUGCAGCACUUAAGGCUCCAGGAUUUGGUGAGCGCAAGAGCCAGUAUCUUGAUGACAUUGCUAUCCUCACAGGAGGAACUGUGAUCCGAGAUGAGGUCGGGCUCACACUUGACAAGGCUGACAAGGAUGUUUUAGGCCAUGCUGCCAAAAUAGUUAUAACGAAGGAUUCAUCCACAAUCGUGGGUGAUGGAAGCACUCAAGAAGCUGUGGCAAAGAGAGUUGCACAAAUAAAGAAUCAAAUUGAGGUUGCUGAGCAAGAAUACGAGAAGGAAAAGCUUACUGAGAGAAUUGCAAAACUUUCUGGUGGAGUGGCUGUUAUUCAGGUUGGAGCACAAACUGAGACAGAGUUGAAAGAAAAGAAACUGAGAGUUGAAGAUGCCCUUAAUGCGACAAAGGCGGCUGUUGAAGAAGGAAUUGUUGUUGGUGGUGGAUGUACUCUACUCCGGCUUUCAUCCAAAGUGGAUGCUAUCAAGGCUCAACUUCAAAAUGUCGAAGAAAAGGUUGGGGCAGAUAUUGUUAAGAGAGCACUAAGCUAUCCGUUGAAGCUGAUUGCCAAAAAUGCUGGUGUAAAUGGAAGUGUUGUCAGUGAAAAGGUACUGUCAAGCGAUGACCCAAGAUAUGGAUAUAAUGCGGCAACUGGAAAGUACGAGGACUUGAUGUCUGCAGGAAUCAUUGAUCCAACUAAGGUCGUGAGAUGCUGUUUGGAGCAUGCAUCUUCAGUAGCAAAAACAUUUUUGAUGUCGGAUUGUGUAGUUGUCGAGAUCAAAGAAGCUGAGCCAGCAAUGCCUGCUGGAAAUCCAAUGGAUAACUCGGGAUACGGUUACUAAACACAGCUUUAGUAGUUUGAAGGAGACUUGAGAGAUUAGUUGGAUGAAGCUAGGGUUUUAGUUUUGUAAAUCAAUUGAUUAUUUAGAGACAAUUAUGCUGCAAGAUGAUGGGUGAGUUUUUGGCCAAGUAUGUAUGGUUCUUGAAUUUGCAAUGUAGUUGUAAACUUGCGGGAACAUGAAUCAAUGACGAGAGAAAUAAAUGUAUUUUUUGUUCGUUUGCUUUCAGUAA